CCACGUUUGGCUCGGAUGUUUCGGUCCGCCCUGGACGGCAGCGGCCUCACCAGCCCCACGGCUCAGGGGCAACCUCCCGCGGCGGGCGCCGUUGUGAGGCAUGGCCGCGGCAGCCGCCGUAAGCGUCGCAAAGCGGGGUCAAUGGGCGGGAGAGACUUGUGCCCGCUGACGCCGAUGAGCGAUGCGGACCGGAAGCGGCAGGACCAGGCGUGGAAGGAGUACGAGCACAAGGUGCGCAUGAACAAGCUCAUCAAGCUUUACGACACGAACCACACCAAUAAGCUGGAGAAGGAACAGCUGAUGGAGCUGUUGACCGCCAUCGACAGCUCCACACCGGCGGGCACCCAGCCCACGGAGGAGGAGGUGGACUACGUCGUGAGGAGCGCGGACCGACAAGGAGACGGCUGCAUAGACGCUGGUGAGCUGGGGGCGGCCCUCAGCGCCUGGAUGACCUACACCCAGCACAGACAAGAGUGGGACGAGAAGCUCAGGAAGUACGACGUGAACGAGUCGGGCGCUCUCUCUAGGGAUGAGGUCAACGAGUAUCUCAAGGACCUGAACGGUGGCAAAGAGGUGAAGCAGCAGGAGCUGGACAUGGUCAUGGCGGCGGCCAAUUUGACAAAUGGUGAGGAAAUCUCGAAGAUGGAGCUCUCCAAAGCCACAGCCGUGUGGUACGGGUAUGUGGAGAGAAAGAAACGGAGUAGGUUUUGCAUAAUUUCUUGA